CUACAUGUGUGUUCACAGUCGACGCGUUUAAUUCGAAUUAUUAUUUUCGAUUUCGUGAUUUCUGAAUCAUUUCGACCAAGUACUAUCGCUAUUAUGGACUGAUGAAAAAUUUUGCGCAAAACCGCGAUAGAGAGUAAGAAAAAAACGUGAAAAAUUGUUACUUUGAAAUGGUUACAUAUUUUAAUCAAAAUCAAUAAACACAGAAUAAGAAAAUUGAUUUUCAACAGAAAAUUGUUUGGCAUUUUCAAUUUAUAAAGUUGAUAUAAAUAAUAUAUUUCGGUGUAUUGUUCAUAGUUCGUGGGUGGAUUGGUGUUUCACAGUUUCUCUUUGUUGAUUCUGCGAAAAUUGGCAAUUUUCGCACGUUUGACAUUCUGCGAAUAUAUUUGCCAGCAUUGCAUCAACAUUGGUACAUACCGUCGGUGCUCUUUUAUCCGCUAACAAUUAUUUUUUUUGUGGAAAUUUGUUGAAGUUGCCAACAAAAAAUAAACAAACAAACAAAGAAAGAAAGGAAUUUCGUUUGAUGAGUUUGCGAUUAUAAGUAUUUUCGGUAAACUAAUUAUCUCCACGUAUCAAACCAGUAAGAGGAGAGCAAAAUGAAAAGCAAUCAUCAUAGGAAUUUAUGUUUUUAGAGAGAACUGAUAACGAAACAAAGAAGAAAAAAAAUCAGUGAAUCAGAUUGAUGAAUUGAUGCGAAAUCUCCCGGCAAGUGAAAAGAAAAUCCAACCAAACUGUCUCAUGUUGGAAAUUGAGGAUCGAAAUGUGAAUAUCCGUGUUUUGAUUUGACAUGCUUGAAAAAAUUCGGUGCAAAAACGAAUUCGAAAAAUUCAAAAAAAGAAAAUUAAGUGGAAAAUUAUUCAAAUUGAUGCACUCACAGUUGUCGCUAAUAUCAGGCGAAGUGAUUUAUAGUUUUGGUGUAUUUGAAGUGACUUUGAUCUGAAUUGUGUGUGUGUUUUUGUUUCCUUCUGGCGAUUCAAUCAAAUAGACUCAAGCAAAUUGGAACGAGAACGAAUUCUUAUUUGAGAUUGUUGGUAAAACUUCUCAGUGAUUCUCUUUGACGGUACGUUUGCCCAUAAACGCUCUCCAACAAACACAGGCCAAAAAACUUCCAUUCCGUUGCGAAAAUUACAACAAGCUAGGUAUCCUGCGAGAGCAAAGGCUCUCAAGAAAUUAUGAGAUGUGCGAACGACAAAGAGAGAAGAGCCAGUCCAGUAAAAUCGGAUUUCCAUUGGAAAGCACUGUACUGUUGCUGUUCGGUUGCUCCAUUUGCCGGAACUCUGAACUCGUCAACUUCUUAUUUAAUGUGAUUACCAAAGCGGCCUGAAGAGAGAGUGUGUAUGUAACACACGCAACGUGUUGGGGUUUUCAACGAGUCGCAGUCGAUUAUUACCAUUUGAUUCUGUCAAUACUUUAAAAGAGCGAGAGAGCAAGAAAAAACACAGACUUUGGGCGGAAUUUUCACCUUUGAUUCAUUUAUCAAUUUCGUUACAAUUGAACGAACGUACGGCUGACAACAUCGUUUAGGGGCGUUUAAACUGUCGGUGUGUGCUCGGUCGCCUGUCGAAGGAUUCUCGAUUGAAUGCAAUUAACCGUUUGUGCAAUCAAGUUGUGCUGAAGGCGCGUUGAACGUGACGCAUUUCAAGAUCACUUUGGUCUGAUUAUACGGCACUGGAGAACGACUUUAACGCCAAACGAUAAAGUUUUUAUUCGAGCUGAAUCUUGUAACGAAAUUACUAGGACGAGCUUGAGCCGAAAGCAACAACCAAAACAACAACAACAUCAGCCGAAUCCGAAGAAGAAGUAAAAGAAAAAUAACACGAAAAUACAUAACGGCGACGAAGUUAAAAGCAUCAACAUUGAGAGAGACAACGAUUCAGUAUCAUCGAGAUUAAGUAUCAUCACAUUCAGGAGGCAAAAACUAUUGCACUUUCCAACUUUGUUAUAAUUUUGAUGAGAAUGAACUAACAGACAAAAUAUAGGAAAAACUCACUUGCUUCGCUCAUGAAUCGCCUCCCACCUCAACCCCGCUUCACCUACGGUGCAAAUGCGAGCAAAGCAAAAAUUUUGUGAUGAUAGACGGUAAAUUUAAUAGUGGCAACAAAUAGUUUAAUAAUAACAACAACAAAAAACCAGAGCGAACACAACGGGAAAAACUUUGCGUCCAACAGACAAACAAGAAACAAUUAAAAACUCAAGUUGACUUUAUGAAGCAAAUGAGUAUCGUAAAAUAUGUGUGCAGCCGCUACAAAUAGUGCCGCUGAAAAUACCAUUAAUAAGCGUCUGGAAAGUUUUGGUUCGUGAUACACGAUCGAUAAUAUUGAAAUAGAUAAAUGAAUCGAUUUUUUUUGGUUAUUUGUAUAUGUGUAAAUUGACGAGAAAAAAGAAACGAUUUGAGAAGAACAAGCAAUCAAUUUAAGAGACUCCCAAAACUAAGAUAGCUAAACCAUAUAAUACGAAUCAAUAAAAUUGAUAAUCCAAUUUCUGCUCAUUCACAAUUUUGUUAUUCGGUGUAUUUACAAAGUGUGUGUGUGUAGUUUAUUUGUGUUUGUAAAUUCUGUGAUAUUAGUACCGUAUUUGCUCUAAACUAUUCCUACCGGCCGCGCGUGCGUUUGAUUCAUAUUGGUUUUAACAAGCAUUGCAUUCUAUCUACAACCGUCAUCAAAUCACCAAUAGUAGCUUUGCUUUUUAAACUAAGCCAGCUAUAAAAAAAAUUUCAAAGCCAUACAAAACGUAAGACAACCAUUCCGCUAGCAGAAGAGAAAACAUCAAACACAUACACACACAAAUAUCGCUUGUUUUCGACCAUAAACAUAAAGCGCGGAACAAAAUAAAUAAAGAAAAGCAACAAAGUGAGAGAGAAAGAGAGAGAGAGAGAGAAUAAAAAAACAGUAAACAACAAAACAACACAUAAAAACAAACAAAUUAACCAAAAUGUUGAGUCCUCGCCGAUUUCAUACGAUUUUGCUUCUGCAAUCAAUAGUAUUGUUCAGUGCUGUGAUUGGCAUCCGUUGGGAGCAUUCAGUCGAUUUGAAUGAUGACUACCGGGUGCUGUGGACCAUAAACAAACUGCCAUCGAUGUCACAACAACAACAACAACAGUUGCUGGCGCACACACAGCAGCAGCAAUCUUAUUUACCACAUUUGACUGAAAUCACAUUUGAAAUACAAGUGCGAACGCUUGGAUACAUUGGCUUCGGCUUUUCACCGGAUGGUCAGCGGGCUGGUUCGGAUAUUGUAAUUGGUUGGGUUGAUCAUGGACACACGUAUUUCCACGAUCGGCACAUAAAAAGGAAUGGCGAUAGCGAACCAUUUGUUGAUCCGUCACAGGAUUAUGUAUUACUGCUAGGCUACGAGAAUGCAACUCACACGGUAAUGCGAUUUAAACGGAAAUUGGACACAUGCGAUACUUCACACGAUGUUCCCAUAACGAACGAUACAAUGCGUGUCGUGUACAUGUAUUAUGAAUCGGAUCCAUUGCACGGUAGUGUGGUGCCAGGUAGUUUGCCAAAUACACAGAAGGCAUUCAAAGGAUACAAACCGUUAUCAAUAACACAGCGUCAACCGCAAGAUGAAACAAUGUCAACCGUAGCUUUGGGCUCGUUAUUAGCAUCAUCAUCAUCAUCAUCGUCGUCAUCGUCGUCGUCUUCGUCCUCACCGUCAGCCACAUCCGCACAAUUAACGGUAUUGCCAUCACAAUCGGCCACCAGCAAAUUACAUGUAUUCGAAUUGCUUAAUGAAGACGUUAAAUUACCGGCUAUGGAGACGCUGUAUUGGUGCAAAGUUUUCGAAUUUCACGAAUCCAGUCAAAAACAACACUUAGUUAAGUUUGAGCCAGUGUUCGACUCAAAACGAAGUAAAAACAUACUGCAACAUAUAAUUCUGUACGAAUGCCAAGGAUCUUCGGAUAAAUUGGCGGCAAUGUCACGUGAACCAGGACGCUCUUGCUAUGGCCGUCCAAGUUUGCCAUGCAAUGCAAUUGUCGCUACGUGGAUAAGAGGCUCAGAGAGUUUCACAUUUCCAUCCGACGUUGGUUAUGCGCUCGAUUCGCGAUACUAUUUAAUGGAAACGCACUACAGUGACAUGGAGCCACCGAAGGAUUUAGAAAGUUUGCACGCAACACCCGCAGCCGAUAACUCCGGCCUGAAACUUUACUACACAUCCGCAUUACGCAAACAUGAUGCUGGCGUAUUAUCAAUCGGGAUUGACCCCAGUUGGCGCCAUAUUAUUCCACCGCUUCAGCAGAAAGUAAUAUCAGAAGGACAUUGUACUGACGAUUGUACAAAGAAAAGCUUUCCGCCGCAGGGUAUAUCAAUAUUUGCUGUGAUAAUGCAAACCCACAAUAUUGGAAAAGAAGUGAAAUUGCGACAGAUCCGCAAGCGCGAGGAAUUGCUGCCAAUUGUAUUCGAUCGGAAUGUGCAUGCCGGUUACUCGGAGUAUCGGCGAUUGUCACCACCGGUGCGCGUUUACCCUGGUGAUCGUUUGAUUGCUGAAUGUACGUACAACAGUUCACAGCGGACGGCAAUUACAUUAGGCGGUUUGACCACACGAGAGGAAAGCUGCAAAGCAUUUGCUGUUUAUUAUCCAAAACAGCACAAAUUAACUACGUGUCAUUCGUUACCGAGUUUGCCGACGGUUUUGCAUUCGCUGGGCAUUAGUGAAUUGGCGAUGGAUUCGAACCCCGUAUUGAUCCUCCGUCCGCCCGAACUAGCUGGAAUGUCACUGGAAAAUCGGCUCACCAGCUAUGAUUGGCAAAGUCAAUUCGAUGUAUUUCAACGAGUCACGCGAAACGGUUCAUUUCGUCCCAUUUGCUUGGAUGCGAAAAACAACAUGCUGGCGGGCACCGAAUCAAUUGAACGUUCCAGCCCAGUGUUAACGAAGUAUUGGCAACAGCCAGCCGACACCUGCGUUCAUUUUCAACAUAAUUACAAAAUUGGAGAGAUAACAAAUGUGAUUGAUACACGGAAAAAUUAUGUGGCGGCCAACGAUGGCAAUUCGGAAGCGGAAUCGAUGAGCUUAAGUGGUUCGCGUACGAUCAAUACGCCAUUAACGAAUCUGGCGCUAUUUAUAACGGCGCUAUCGAUCAUGGCAUUUGCCACUUAAUGAGAUGUAAACGCAACACCGAUGGCAACAACGGCAACGCCAACACUGAUGACAACCACUGCAAAUAGAUGCUAGCUGCCACCGUGGAUAGAGACAGAGACCAAUUUCAAUCGAUAAAUUCAAGGCGAAUUUUUUUUUACAAUCACCUUGCAACAUAUUUCACAGCAUCUAAUUCAAUAAACAAACAAGCGCAAUGGGUAACAAUCAGGUAGCGUUGUCACGGUUUACAUAAUUGAGAAGAAGAAAUUCAGAAGAGCAGUAAAUAACCAACAGAUUUUUACGUUUUCAUUGACAUUACGAAGUUUUUCUUUUGUAAUUUUUUAUUCUACAUCAGUGAUUGUUAACUCAUUUCAAAGAAGAAGAAAAAAAAUAGAGAGAGCAUAAAAUUGUAAGUUGUACAUUUCGCCAGAGCAAUGUAAUGACAGCACCAAUUUUCAAAAAUAGAAACUGAGAAUGACUGUUUUUUUCUUUUGGUUUCUUGAGAGACUAGUAUACAGUGUAAUUGAUACACAGAUAUAGACAGACAGAUUGACAGAGAGUGAUCGAGCACCCAACUUGCUCUCGAAACUAUCAAAACAUAGGAAUAUGACAUCGCGCAAAUGAACGCUUCUAGUGUCCAUUCUCAACUCCUCUCCAAAUUUCUUUUUCAAUUUGCUUUUCGAUCUUAACUUUUGAAGAAAAAAAAAUCCGAUAAACUGCGAGUUCCAUUUUUCUCCUACACCCCUACAUUCUCACUCCUUUACCUCUGUAAAUCUAUUCGCAAUUCGGAAUCUAUGGUCCGAACGAAUCGAAACGAGAUGCAUCACCAACAAUACUCUGAAAAAUCGGUAAUAGCUCAUUUCAUUGUUCCACAUCCUCUCAACUCUGAAAUUGCAUUGGUAAAACAUAUAAAGAAGAAUUUGAAUGGUUCUGGGUUAUUCAAUGGAUGGAUUGAACGAAUUAUUUUGCAUCAUACGAAACAAAUUUGGUUGAAAACCAAAAACAAAGAAAAACGAACUAUUAUUCGUUCGAUGUUGUUUAGUGCGAUGCAAUGUGAUUUGCUUCCGAGUGCCUUAAAACAAUUUCUAAAAUGUUGGCAAAUUAAAGAAAACAAAAUGAACAAAGAAAUCUGCCCAAAACUAAACACACAGUUACACACAAUAAUAAAUAUAUUUCUACUUGAAAUCAAUGUAUAUAAAUCCAAUUUUAAGUCCUCCUUCACCACAAAUGCCAUCAUCGAUAUAUGCAAGGAAAAAGAACCGAACGAAGAAAAACUCAAACAAAUGAACCAAACUGCAAAUCGAUCACACGCUAACACCGCGACCACAAUAAGGAUUCUCUUACCCUGUUGCGUUGGUGGGGUGGGCGGGUGAUAUGUGACGAGCAACAUGACGCGAUGGUAUGAUCAGGAUUUUUUCCACUAAUUUCAGUUCCUGCUGCUUGACUGUAAUCACUUAAUCACUUUAAUGAAGAAAAAAAAACACACAAAAAUCAACGGUUUCUUUGCUCUCUAUGUACAAAUAAAAGAAUGAACAAAACCACGAGUCAUAAAUCAGUUUUCACAUCAGGCACGAAUUUCAUAUUGCUCGUUCGCAUUUGUCAAUAAUAAUAUAUUAAGCAAAAAAAAUCUUUGUCGAUGUGAUUAGACACAAGCAUUUUAACCUUGUUGCGAAUGAUGCACACACUCUUCUUUUCCGACUCCUCUUUCGUUCAACACCAUAUAUUAUUUAUUUCCAUCCCCUCUGAAACCCAAUAAUAUCGCUAAAAUAAAAAGCUUUGUUGUUCGAUUUCCAUUCUGAUAUGCUAAACAUGAAGAAAAAAAGAGAAGACAAAAACUUAUACGUAUACACCUCUAUUGUUCCCUGGUUUGUUUGCGUGCGCGAUGUUGUACAGACAGGCUAAUACUGUGAAGAAGAAGAAAAAAAAACAAGAGAAUUGUGAAUUGCCCAAAGAAAGAAUUAUUUACUGUUCGAAAGAAAAACAAAAACAAUGUAAGUAAACAAAGAAAAUCAGCAACAACAACAAUAACAAAAUAGUGUAGAAUGUAUUUUGAAACCAUCACAUUUUGCCAUUAAAAUUGGACUGGCAUUUCGGUGGCAAAAAGUUUUAAUGAUUAAGCAAUCCUGUUCUUUAUUAUUUAUCGAUUGAAAUUUUUUUUCCUCCCCCAAUAAACAAUCGCAAUUUGAUGUAUAAGUUGUAAUAAAAAGCAUGAAAAUGGUCCAGUCUUUUGAAAAUUUAUCGUUAAACUAUUUAUAUGAACAAAGAGAAUAAAGAAAAAAGAAACAAGAAAGGGAAUAAUUGGAAAAAAAGAAAAACCAUUGAAGAAUGAGUGAAAGAAUAAGAAAAAAAAAACCGGAAUCAAGGGAAACAUUGUAUUCAUCUGUCAUUUUAGUUUUGCAUUCCAACAUGUGUCCCUCUUCCUCCGUUUAUCAUAAUCAAAUGGACAGAUUGAGGUGGAUUAACAGCAAUUUUUAAUAAACAAAAAGAAAUAAAUGUCUAUACAAAUGAUGUAUAAUUCGGAAAGCAAGAAGCAUAUUUCCUUUUGCCGAAAUACGUAUAGAAUUUAUGAUGGUUCAGUCUAGGCAAAAUCAUAUUAGUGUUCGUAGCUAAAAAAUAAAGCAAAUGAUUUUGUCCAGAGUUUCAGACAGGCAGGCGGUGCUCACAUAGUGUAUACUAGCCAAGCAAAUGCAUCAAUAUAUUUAUUCCGAAUGAAAACACACUUUUCCCGGACACAGAAAAAGAAAAACAUGCAAAGGAUGAAUGAACAAGAAGCAGAAGGAUAGAAAUCACAGAAAUAAUGUAGAAAAUGAAACUAAACUUAAUUUAACUAAUUUAUUGACCAACACAGAUUGUCGCAUUGGUGUUUGGAAUUAAUGAUGAACAGUAUAAACAUUUUAAGUAUAAACAUUUUUGCUGAAAGAGACCACAAUAUUGAGCUCAUUUUGUUUGAUUUAAAUGUUUUGAUAAAACAUACAACACCCAUCUAUAUAUGAUAAAGCAAUGGAAGAAAACAACAACAACAACAACAAAUUAGGAAAGCCAAACGAAAAGCGAUGACAAUGUUUUAUGCAUCUCUUUUGCACGUGUUACAUUUUGUAUUUAAGGAAAAAGGAAAAGUGAAAACAAAUAAACAGAAAAAAAGUUGUCUGAAAAUCUGUAAAAAAAAAAUCACACACACAUGACAUGUCUCACAUGUUUAAAUUGUGGAAUUGGAUGAGUCGAAGCCAAUAUGUAAAAAAUAUUGAUGGAAUAAACUAGGAAACAAACUUGAAAGGAAUAGUAUUUAAGUAAGCUUUAUCCAAGUAAGCCAAAGAAUAUUGUGAAAGAAAUUGAAAUGAUCAUUAGAUCACAAACAAAUCAAAUAACGGAUCUGAUGCAUGUAAUGGCACGAGAAAGAGAGUGAUUUGGUCAUUUCUCCCGUGACAUUUGAUUAGAAUAUAUCAGACAUAUAAAACAGAGAGAAAAAAAGAAGUCGACGAACACGCACUGAAUAAUGAAUAAUGAAAAGCAAUACGUAUACAUUUAUACAUACAGAAACAAAUUAUUAUAACAUGAAAUUUAUUGAUAAAAAAAAAGAAGAAAAAACAAACAACAACAAAACAAAGUAAAUAAACUAAACGUAAAACUAGUUGAUUUUAGUUGAUGUGAAAACUACUGGUAGCAAUGUAUCCCAGAUUAGAAAAUAUAAUGUAAGUCCAAUAGACAAGCAGACAGGCAGACACAUUUCAUAAAAGAAAACAAUACUAUUUAAUCUAAUUUUUAGCCAGUAAACUUCAUUACAACCGCAUUGUGAAAAACAGAAAAAUUUACGAGAAAGAGAAUCAACAUUUAGAAAUGACAUGAUGAUAAAGAAGAUGAAUUCACACUGCCCGUUCGCAGAUAAACUCGCAACAUUUUGGGGAUAAGACUAUAACCUAUAAAAUGAAGAAAUAAAAAUUAUCUUAUUGUUCUAGAGAAA